UCCGCCCACCCCCGCCCGGGUUUAGACGCGGGAGGUGCGAGGCUGCGCCGCUCCGGACCAGCAAAGCAGGUGCGGCUGGUGAGUUGUAACGUGGGGAAGUGCCAAGGAUGGAAAUCAGUGAACAGAGAUGAAAUUAUUUUGCCCAGCGUUGGACUAUAUUGGGCACUGUCCUGGAAGUCUGCUAAUUUAGAUCAUCCUGCAUGCUGAUCGGCUGCGGAUUUAUGGCGGGGCCUGGGCGCACUUUUGAGCACUGCCACGCGCAACAUCCCACCCGUUGAAAGAGGACAGUGCCUUGCCCAAAGCUGGCGCAGACCGCUUGGGUUUCACCAUUCAGGGACCCUGUGGAUGGCUAUUGAAGUCAAAGGAGAACUUCUGCUGGCAGUUGCCCCACCCUGAGCACCCCCGGGCUCCCAUCACUGCCCCCAAAUAUUUUACAUAUCCAGAUGGGGUAACGUGACAGCCCCGGAGGAGCACCAGCGGUUUCGCUGAAUGCAGAGGCCUUUCUAACAGGAAGAGAACUAAGAAGGGAAGCCGGGCGACGGUGAAGGACGACUACUUAAAAUUGCACACUACGGAUUUUUUAAAAAAGAAAAAAAAAAACAAAAGUAUUACUCAGCAUCAAGCACAGGGUUCCUUUUUCUAAUUGGAGGAUUUAGAGAAUCCAACGUUACUCUAUUUGCACAACAUUUGUGUUGAUCAAGGGGAAAGAUCAUCCUGUCCAGCUCUUGUAACUUUGUUCCCCUUUCGCUUGGCAAUUCAUUUUUUUCUCGGGAGGUGGUGUGUGUUUUUUUUCUCAGCCCCUCCGGUCAAUCUAGUUUUGUCUCCACCAUGGCCCGCAUGAACAGGCCUGCACCUGUGGAAGUGUGCUACAAGAACAUGAGGUUUCUGAUAACCCACAAUCCAACCAAUGCCACGCUGAACACUUUCAUUGAGGACCUGAAGAAAUAUGGCGCAACCACAGUUGUGAGAGUGUGUGAAAUUACAUAUGACAAGACUCCACUGGAAAAGGAUGGCAUUAAUGUGAUGGACUGGCCAUUUGACGAUGGAGCUCCACCACCCAGCAAAAUAGUGGACGACUGGCUCAACCUGCUGAAGACCAAAUUCUGUGAAGACCCCGGGUGCUGCGUCGCUGUCCAUUGCGUGGCCGGCCUGGGGCGGGCCCCGGUUCUUGUCGCGCUGGCCCUGAUUGAGAGCGGGAUGAAAUACGAAGACGCCAUUCAGUUCAUUAGACAGAAACGCCGUGGAGCUAUCAACAGCAAGCAGCUGACAUACCUGGAGAAAUACCGGCCCAAGCAGCGUCUGCGUUUCAAGGAUCCCCAGAACCACAAGAAUAAAUGCUGCAUCAUGUAACCUGAGUGAUGCCCUCUGCUGCAACACACCCGAGGGGGACGACAAAACCAUGCCCCACACAAAUGCACAGGGCUUGACUUCUGAAGUUGCAGAGGACUUUUUGUCACAAUUUUUCCUUUUGAGUUUCCCCAAGGAAGAGGAGAGCUGAGUGCCCCCUUGUUGGUUUCAAGGCUUGAAAUGACCGUGGGUUGUUUUUUUUUUAACCUUUCUUCCCCAGAUAUUUGUCUUGUCAAAAGCUCUUUGUAAUGACAUCAACCUGCAAUGCAAUAACUCUUCAGUGUCCUCUUUCUCUAGAGAACUGAUUGAUGAAUGAACUAACUAACUAAAGUAGAUACAAUAGGGUUGGCAGGCCUGUAGUUAAGCCCGCUUAUUUCUGGGCAGGGAGAAAUCUAGAUAUACAGAGGAGCAGAGUUGGUUGGGCUACAAGGGGCGCUGUGCUGUGCUGUGCUUGGUCGCUUGGUUUUCAUGCUUGAAAAGGGAGCCGUGGCACUCUCUUGCAAGAGUUGUGAGGAUUGAACAGGAGAUGAGAAGUCACCAGGCCUGUAUAGAGAAAUCCAGCAAUGUGUUUUACACACCAUGAUCCCCCUCCUCUCCAGCUAUGCACCGUCUCUCUGCACAUCUCACUGCACUUGGUUCUGGCCCGUGAAGUCAUAAAAUUCCCACCGAUUCUAUAAGCAUGCUAUCUUCGGAUGCCUUGAGGGAGAAUGUGGUCGAGUUUGGGAGAGUUGGUCUCUCGGAGCGAGAACUGAAGGGUUCAGGAAGGUGUGGAAUAAGGGUUGGGAACUGGAAACAGGAAUAGGAUGAGGAAGUGGGUGUGCGGAAUGGCACUUGAUUUGGAAAGGUCGUGUGAUGGGGCUCCUCCAGUAGGUUCAGACAGGCUGAAUGGCUCUGGGCAUUUUGAGGAAGAAGCUGAAGAAAGCUCUUUUCUGGAUGUUAGGAGGGGGGCUUGUGGAAGUGUCUGGCUAAGAGUCAUUUUUCACACUCAUACACCUACGGUAUGGACUUUGUGGAAUAAAUAUUUUUAAACAAAGACAGGUCACAUCCUCAGUGACUUAAUGGAACUCGAGGUAACUUGUGAGUUUUACUGAUUUCUCAAAUGUGUGUGCAGGGCACUGUUGCACAUACUUCCUUACCACUCCUGAUCUGCAUUUACCCAUUUCAGGCCUGGUUGUGAGAGCGAUUACAGCCUCUCAUUUGUAGUUCUUCAACUUGGGUCUGUCUUCUUAUCACAGUGAGCAAUUCUUAUAUACAUCCAGUUGUCAGCUGCUUUGUUUUAUCCAUGGAAACACAGAUGCCUGCAUGGGGUUGGGGGCACCUCCUGGUCCCACCAACAGCCCAAGACUGGUUUCUGCUGAGCCAGAGGAUCUCCUGAGUCAGCAAUCUGUCAACUGCAGUUGAACUCAUGAAGAAGUUGAGACUCCUUAUCAGUCCUUCUGUUUAUAUAUAUUUUUAUUGCUGGCUGUUUUUUAUGUGGAUUGAUAAGAAUGUGAGUGUUACAAGUAGAAAGGCAGGAAAUGAAAUGUAGAAAUAAAACAUAAGAAAUGUUUCAUCAAACCCUGAAAUACAUCCAUCCAGUAAAAGUUCAAAGAGGGCGGGGAGGUUGGGGGCCUUCCCCCUUUCCAGUAGAGCUGGCUUCUGUCUGCAUACUUUGGAUGUGUGGCUGCAAGAAUGUUACAGAAGAAAAUUCCCUGCAGUUCUAAGUCCUGUCCUGGGUGUUUGAGUGAGAGGCUAGAGAAUGUCAGCCCUUCCUGGUAGGCCAGCUCAGCAGACAGACUCUGCAAGUUUUAUUGGAACUCCACUGUAUUGACCUGGGCCAUAGUAACAGAACCUUGGAAGCCUCACCACCAUUUUUCUUCCCUCCCUCUCAUAGCAAUGAGAGUUAAGGCAGAACCAGUUUAAGUUCCUUUCUAACAUUGUCUUCCUGUCCUGGGCUUAAAUCCUGUUUUGCUAGCUGCUCUAACGUUCCUCCAAGAUCACCUCUGGGAUCCUCUGUGGAGAAAGAUUGAAAAGGAACCAUGAGGUUAAAAAUGGAGGCCUGAAAUUGAUAAGUAAGGUGUCACCCAUCAGCUUUAGUUAUUUAGAGACGAUCAGAUUGUCCUAGAAUCCAGCUUAGAUUCUGGAUGAAGGGUGGUCAUUUGGUUUAUGAUGUUAUUCCUGGGGGAAAGAGGACCAAUGAAUAAGUGAUAAGAGUUUUUCCACCUGCCUUGAUAUCUGCAAAGGUCUUGAGAUUUUGAAGACAAGGAUUCAUCAGUUGGAGGGAGAAGAAGAGCUUGGCUCAUUGUUUUAUCUAGCUCUUUGUAGGAUGUGAGAGUUACCAGAAGCUCCAAAACCAUUGUCAUCUGCGUUUUGCUUUCUCUCAAAGCACUUCUGUGUGUAUUGCUGCAUAAAUUCUUGACUAAAAUUUCAAGAUGCUUGCUGGAUUUUGGGGGAGUCCCAUCUUUGCAGAGCUGUUUCAUGUGGUCUCUCUCAUCCAAUUAGGUUUUUUGUUGCCUUUCUAGCUUAAUUUGGGGAUCUGUGGCUUGGCUUGUAAGGAGGAACAUCCUAUCCUGAAGCUUCCAUCAUUGUCCUAUUCUUUUUAAACAUGCUGCAACGGUCCUUGGAGGUUCUCUCCAAAGCAUUGUAAAGCAGUGACCUUAAAAGAGUUGGGUUGAGAGAAGCCUGCUGUAGAGAAAUCUUAGGUGGGGGUGGAAUGAAUUAACACAAGUCCAUCCACUGAUUUGUAAGGGGCUGGUUUGUCCAUCUAGUUAUAGGCUGUUGUGAAUGUUGGCUGUGAAUCAUAAAUUUGGAUGGAAAAAAUAUCAGAAGGAUUCUGAUAGCAUUUUUUCCAAAUAAUUUUUUUUAUUAAAAAGCAUAAGCUUUCGGGAGCUGCAGCUCACUUCAUCAGACGCAUAAUUUUGGAUCAUGGUUUUUCCCAUUCUUGUUCACUAAGAUACAGUAAUAAGACAUACCAAGAACAGAGCUUUGAACUUGCUGCAUGUGAGGCAUGUCCUUUUUUUUACUAAGCUAUAUGCAUAAAUUAGUGCUCCAGAGCGGAACUCCUCCAGACUUCCUUGUAGAAGAGAUGGCUUCCUUGCAUCUCACCUUUGGAAAGGAUUCUUGAUAGGGGAGCAGCCUCUUCUCCUUUUUCCAAAUUACUGUAGAAUUUUCCAACACAUCAUUGUAUUCAGGAGCAGGAAACGCCCUUCCUUCCAGCCUAGCAAAUCUGUUCAUAGAGAGACUCACUGAGGUCAUUAAAUCCAGCCCUGUUUGAUGCAGGAAUCUAAACUGAAGCAUCUCAGAUGGAUGAUUGUCCAUCUUCUGCCUGAGCACAUCCAAUGAAAGGAGGCCACCACCUCUCUGGGACAUCAGUUCCACUGUUCUUACUGAUGUGACAAAACCUUCAAGUUACUUCUCCCCACCUGGGUCUUCCAUUCUCAGACUUGGUACCUUGACCUGGUUCUGUUGCCUGUUGAUCAAAGGCAGGGGGGAAGUAUCUGAGAACUAGUUGUUUGAAGACCAUGGUUUCCCAGAUGUCUUGUGGGGAAGCAAGCAGUGGUUUGGAUAACCACCAUUUUGUCUCUCCAGAGCUGUUCUCCAUCCAAUCUCCCCUCAUCAGGAAGUCAGGCUUUCUAAACGUUUGCAGUUGCUAAGAUUUACUUGCAUUGGGCUCGAACCCGGGCAGUGCUUCAGCUUGAGCAUGUGUGAAACGAUGUGCAGUUCCUUGGAUGCAACUUGUUUCCUUUGCAGUAUAUGCAGAGUGUCCUUUGACCCUGUUCCUACCAGGGAUGGCUUUUUUUUUUUUUUUGGUUGGACUUUGCUAUUUCUUUAUGCAGCUGACAUUUGCAAGCAUGCUUAUCCAUUGUACACCAGGCCCUUUCUGCAUAAGGGGAGAUCAGAGUCCUGUGUCCCAGCAGUUAAACAUUUGCUAAAUGAUGUGUCUGAAAGAAAGUGUUUCAAAACUGAGUUUGCUUUGCCUGAUCCUAGCAUGUAUAUUGAAGCAUCACUUUUAGCUCCUACCAAGAUGCAGCUGUCUUGUAAGUUUUGUAAUCUCAUCAAGCAUUGUCCAAACAGUUCCUUCAAGAUCAUAAGAACUAGAAAUAUUUUCCCCUUUUUAAAGAAGGAAAGUUAAGAGACUUUCCCGUGUCUUGCAGUCUGCUCUUCAUCCUGAACAUGGAGCUAAAACCUGAGUGGGAGCCAUCAUCAGCAAAACAUUUUCCUUCCUGCAAGAUUUUGGGGAGUCUCUUUUGAUCUCUCUUGUGCUGUUUCUGGCAUGGGUGAUCCAGUUGAUCCUGGCCAAUUCAUGCUUGAAAAAAACUUUCCUGGGUGCCACGCAAGAUCAGUUUCCAUGUCACAAGGUGACUGUACUUGGUGAAAUAGCUUUUGCUGUUUAGAAAGUAUAAUUUCAAGGGUUGGAGAGUGCAAACUAUCUUUGAGUUCUCAUCUCAAGAUGGGCAGGGCUGGGUCACUCAAGCUCCUUUUGAAGGCAGGACCCUUGGAAACAGCAUCUUCCCUGGUGUGCCUCCUUCCACCAAGACCUCAUGGCCUAGGAGCAUGUGGUACAUGAACAAGUGCAUGGACCGUUCAUGCACAGCCACAGAAUGAAGAAUGCUCAAUUUGCAUUAGACCUUGGCUUGCUCAGUUGAUUCCAUAUGUUGGAAGAGAGAGGAGGUAGAACAGGCAGGAAAGGCGACUUACUUCACAGAUGAAGAAUGUCUUUUCAAAGGCACAACUCCAAAAUUUUAUUAAAUAUAUAUUAUUUUUUUUUAAUGGUGAUGGGUGUUCUUCUUGUGAUCCUGUGCCUUUGGGAAAACAUUCUUUAGGUCUUGAAAAAUGAAAGCAAACAUUCAGAGCACAUAAAAUGUUUUCAGAGAUUAUUUCGGGGGGCCAGCUUAGUUACUUACAGACAUACCAGCAUUUUUAAUAGCCUUAUAGUGUGGAAAUCUUGAAUAUAAAAUAAAAUCUUGUGUGUAACCUUAGCUGGAAGGAGAAUGUAGAGAAAUGAACAAAAAUGCUACAAUGCCUCUGUGUUUGGGGUGGGGGGGGGAGUUCUUCUCAACCACUGCAGAGCAAGACCUGUAAGUCUUUGUACAUGGUAUUGAAAUCAGAACUGGGAAAUUGAAACUCCCCGAAUCUAUUCUUCUUGAUAAUGCUUCGAUACAGCUUGUAAUAUGUCCAGAAUAUGAAAUUUGCACGUAGCAAAGACAAAAUUAGAAUUACGGGUGGAACUUGUUAGGGUUCUGCUGCUUUAGGUGGUGGAAAUUCAGUGAAAUCUACAUAGGGAGGAAAUGUUUUCCUUUCAGUACUCCAUCCUACACACACUGUCUGAUGCAGAACCUGAGGGUCUUCCAGAUGCAUGGGCUUUAAUUCCCAGAAUUCUUGCAAAUGGCUUUUGUGGCUGAGAAAUUUGGGGAUUGAAGUCCAUCCGUCUGGAGGACUCUUGAGGUGGAGAAGGCUGACUCAAGUCUUCGACAUUCAUCCCAGCCCCUUAACAGCCCAGAAGAACAUCCGGUUCUUCUCAUUCUUCUCCAUGGGUGGGGAAAUUGACAGGUGUGUGGCUCAGAAGAGUCCCUUUUCUUAAAGCAGGGUUUUCUGUCCCCUCCACCCAGCUCACACUUAGCCAUUGGUAGAAGCUCCUUUCCGUUGGCUUCCCUACCUCUCUCUGCUGAAAGUCAGAAAAGGUGCAGAUUUGGCCAUUGUGUGAUUCCUUCCCAGGCCAGAUGAGAGAGAGAUGCCAAUAUGGAAAGGCCCUGGGCAGUUGAUGCCAGUCUGCUUCUUGAAAUGAGGCCUUCAUGCGAUUGCCAGUUUCCUGAAAGAUUAUGAUUUAAUGACGUGUGCAGUGUGUCCAUAAGUAAUCCAGCAAUCAAAACCUGGCAGUAAAUCAGAAAAAAAUAAAAUUGGAAAUUAGUCACUCUAUAUGUGCAGGAGAUAAUCGUUAUUUUUAUGACUGUUACUAAUUAUAAAUGAUAAAACUGCAGUGAUUGUUAUUUAUUUCCAUGACUGCCCUGUUCGUUGUGGGACAUCCUGUAGAUUCUGGUCCCGCCUGUUGCUGCAGCUUUUCAGAUGGAUCCACCCAGGUUCAAUUUCAGAAUGUUUCUCCAUCUUAGAAACAGCCUCCUCCCCAAAUCACAUUUCCUUCCGACUUCUUCAGCCACGCACUUUGAUGCAAUUCCUUGGAUCUCAGUAGUUCACAAAUGAGGAAUCAAUGCUGAGACCCUUAACUUAGUUUUUCUCUUCUCCGAGCCCUGCUAAAUUAUUAUGACAACUUCCGGUGCUUUUUUAUCAGGUCAACAUUUAUGCUGGGGUGUGCCAAUGAGAUCUAAAACCGUGACACUUUAUAAUCAUGACCUCCCCCCCUCCAAUAAAU